AAAUUCUUUCCCAAAAUUCAAAACACCCCGCCCACAAAUUCCACUUUAAAACACCCAUUUCAGAUCCAAUUUCACCCCAACAAUCAUCCUCCACUUUAUCGGUUUACAGUGUUCCGAUGGCUUCUGAUGAAACUAAUGGGUCCAGCAAAAGGGGGAGAAAAGACCUUUUAAAUGUGGCAUACAAACUCUCCAAGAGUAGAACAACAAACGAGUCAUACACAAAGGCUAUAAACUCCGAUUCAAAACAGUCAGCAUUACAAAUCAUGAAGGAAGAGCAGCCAAAAUACUUCCUCUUUAAUUUCCAAAAGCUUGAUGCACAACUGGAUACGGUUUUUCAACCAGCACAGGCUCCAUGGGUAAGUCCAUACGCCGUGUCUUCUUUCACGAACGUACCACAAGUUAUGCAAAAAUGGGCAGAUGAUUAUUUUUCAUCCGACAGCGCUUCACGCCCAUUGAGACCUCAGUCAAUAAUAAUUGAAGGUGAUUCAAGAACCGGAAAGACAAUGUGGGCAAGAUCAUUGGGAAGACAUAAUUAUUUAAGUGGUUAUUUAGACUUGAAUCCUACGGUUUUCUCUAACGAUGUGGAAUAUAACGUUAUUGAUAACGUUAACCCACAAUGUUUAAAACACUGGAAGGAAUUACUUGGUGCACAAAGAGACUGGCAAGCAAAGUGCAAGUACAGAAAACCGGUUCAGAUCAAAGUAUUGGAGGAGCCCUAUCCCACAUCGAAAGAAUAAGACCUUCCGGUUGUAUUAAUAAGAUCUUGGGUUACUCCCUCUAUCACCAAUUGGUUUUAGAGUGGAACCCCAUAGACUUCAAUACAAAGGUGGUAUUCCUGCUAUCGUGCUAUGCAAUCCGGGUGUCGGGUCAUCGUAUAUAGAAUACCUAAAUAAAUCCAGGAAUGAGGAACUAAAGUCGUGGACAUUACAACAUGUAACCUUCAUUGUCCUUCAAGAGCCACUCUUCUCUACCUAAUCACAAGUGCUGCUUGAAUUUCAAGAUGUGGAUGACUUUGACACCAUUGUCGCAUGGCUCUUUUAUUAGAUUUAAAUUGUAUUUCAUGUAUUAAUUAGAAAAUGCGGUGUUGUUUCUAUUAAUGAAUUGUAUUUAUGUUUUUA